AUGGAAAUACCUGAGGACUAUAAAAUAUUACAUCUUUAUAAAACUAAACAGUAUGAUGUAUGUCUUAAGCUAUGUGAGGAAGUGUUAAAACAUAAGAAUGAUCGUAUGAUAGAGUUUAUUCGGAUCCGUGCGAUGACGAUACAAGUAAAGGUUGCAGCAAACUCUUACGACGAGGUUGACUAUUUAUCUUAUCGAGAUGAGUUGGCUCCUACCGCGGUAGCGAAGACACCAAGACCUGGUACUACAUUCGAUAGGCAGAUUCGAACAGCACAUCAGACAUCAACGAGCAAAAGAGUGAACACAGCAGCCUCUAUGAAACCUGGAGGCAGUGCGUUGACGGUGCGAGCUCAGAGUGCAAGGACGGCGCUGCGGUCGGCGGGGCGCGCCUCGCGAGCCGCCACCGCCCUUGCCGGCGGUCCUCCAGUCAAUAUGCCCAUAUCCCUCAGGUUCCUACCCAAGGAAGAGACAUCGUUUACACCAGCUGCUAAAACCUUAUUUGAAUACGUGUAUUACUGUGAAGGGGAUGUUCGAAAGGCUAUGGACAUAGCAUUUCAAGCUCAAAAGAGUGACAAUACAUCGGACUGGUGGUGGCACCAUUCCCUGUCUAGAUGCUACUACACACUGGGAAUGUUUAGACAGGCAGAUGAGUGUCUACGUCGUGCGCUCAAGCAAAAUAAGCAUAUAAGCGUUUAUCUUCGAUUGAUUGCUAUGUACGUAGCUCUAGACCAGCCUAUAUCGGCACUGGACAUAUGUAAGCAAGGACUUUUUGUAUUCCAUGAGAGCACUCCUUUAUUAAUGGAACAAGCUAGAAUCAACGAGCAGAUAGGAAGUUCUGAUGUAGCAGUAAAAGACUUCAGAAAGGUAGCUAUACAGGACCCCUUUAACAUGGAGGCCGUUGCAAAUAUUGCUAUGUACAACUUCUACAAUGACCAACCCGAAAUAGCAAUGCGAUAUUACAGACGUUUGCUGGCAACAACUCCGCCGGGUUCCGAGAUUUACAAUAACCUCGGGCUUUGCUGUCUCUACUGCAGUCAAUGGGAUCUCAUUUUACCCUGUUUUCGACAAUCUCUCUUCUUUUCUACAAGUCCGAGUUCAAAGGCCGAUAUUUGGUUUAAUCUGGCACAUGUAGCUUUGUCUACUGGAGACAUGAGCUUAGCGAGACGAUGUCUACAAGUGAGCCUCGCAAUUUUAGAAAAGGAAUACGUCCGACAAGCUUUAACAGCGUUGGAAGCCAGGCUUAAAACCCGUAAAGCAAGUGAUGGAAAUUAUAAAAGCUGUACAUAA